UAUAAGCGGGUGGUGUAGCACCGACAGUGUUUUCUGUGACGAAGUUGCAUAUAAACUUUAGUCAAAUAUGGGAACUUCAUCGUCAGGUUACGAGGGAUUCGUGACCUAUCUGUCAAACAAGAAGGUCCCUGAGGCUAAAUAUGUUGAAGACAUCGAGAAGUUGGUAGGAGACAAGGACCCCGUUGCUGUAACUAAUUGCGGCAAGGAGCUUUUAGCUAAGUACCGUUUUAUGGAGAAAAGCUUGGCAACUAAAUUGACAUCCCUACAUAACAAAGUUCCCGAAUUAAAAGAUGCUCUUACAAUCAUAGAAAACAUACACAAACAGAGUUCAGAUGGCUCGGGGGAGAUUUAUACAUACUUUAAAAUUUCUGAUACUCUCUAUUCGGAAGCCCGUAUUCCUACAACUAAAACAAUAUUUUUGUGGCUAGGGGCUAACACUAUGGUUGAGUACCCAGUGGAUGAAGCUAUGUCUUUGUUGAAUGACCAGCUGAGGGUAGCAUUGGAAAGUAUUGAGGAUAUCAAAAAGGAUUUGGAGUGGAUUAGAACACAAGUAACUAACACUGAAGUAACCGUUGCUCGUUUACACAACUUUAGUGUCAUGAAGAAAGCAUCGUCUGGAAGCUCUGGUUCCUAAGUUAAUGCUCACAUGUGGUUACAAUAAUAACAUAACAUCGCAAUAUUAAUAAUAUAAACGUUGUGAAUAUUUUUAAAGCACUUU